AUCGUCGGUUCUGUAACCGGAAUCGAAGCGGAGAUUGCCUUUCUCAGUAAGCUACUCCGGCUAAAAAAUACCGUGUUGUUGAACGAUAAGGUGUGUUGUCUUUAAAUAUUUAAGCACAGAAAACUGGCACAAAAAUAAACCAGGACUUGGAGCUAACCUCUCCGGGAAGCUAAGCAGGGAAAACGGGUAGAUGGUAUGACAUGACUGACAUGAGAAGAGAUUGGUCAGAACAGCACUGACUGCUUGCCGCGGUUUUAUUUCUUUUGACGAAUAAUUAAACAUCAUCCAGCCGAAGAGUGGUGAACUUUUAUUAUACUUCAGGUAGACAAUGAAAAAUGAUGUAAAGGUGCAACAUGUGGAAAUACACAAAUGACAAUACCAGUUACCAUUAUUGAUUCUUUUAAACAGUUCUCUUUGGAAGUAUGGAUUUUUUAGAGAUAGCAGAAAAUGUUUCCCACAAGAUCUGGUCAUAUAAUCAAGACUCUUCAGGAUGGAAUUUGGCAAAAGGUUCAAGGAAUGUUACAGUGUGCUGGAAACCUUCAACUGAGUUUGGUGGAAACUUAUACCGUGGGGAAGGUAUAAUAGAGGACAUACCUGAGAAAAUCAUUCCGUUCAUGUACCUGCCGGAGUAUAGGAUGAAAUGGGACAAAGCUCUGAAGUCCUACAGUAUAUUAGAGAGACUUGAUGAGGACACAGUUAUAUGCCACACGGUAACCCACAGUUAUGGCAUGGGAUUAAUUUCUUCAAGAGACUUUGUCGACCUUGUCAAAAUUAAGAAGUAUGAGGGUGGCAUUAUAACAACAAACUCUAGAAGUAUUGACUACCAGGCAUGCCUCCCGUCUCCUUCAUGUGUGCGUGGUUACAACAAUCCCUGUGGAUAUGUGUGUUCAUCUUUACCACAGUCCCCUGGGCACUCCCGGCUUACUAUCUUCAUUCAGCCUGACCUUGGAGGGAUGCUGCCAAGAUCUUUAGUGGAGUCUGCACUGCCAAACAACAUCAUCAAUUUAAUCAAUGAUGCUCAAGCAGGAUUAAAGUCAGCAGGCUACUGAAAAAAGUUGGAAAUAGAGGACAUUCACUUUUUUUAUUUUAAACACCUGCAAUGAACUUUCAGAUUUUUUCCAAACUCCAGGGAUAGACAGGAUCCACCAGUAUAACUGACACUUAGGUGUUUGCUCAUCAUAAAGAACCCUGAACCCCCAGUGUUUUACUUUCUUCAGAAACACUGUCAAUUUGGACUUUUGUUUUCUUCUUCCCCAUUAUCCCCUGGACAUCUCUCUAUUCGGAACACUUUUAUGUUGCCAUGGUUUUGUUAUGUUUAUGCAUGUAUGCAAAUGUGGUCGGGUUACUCUCUUGUAAUUGUGUUCUUGUUGUACAGUACCUUCAGAAAGUAUUCAAACCCCUUCACUUUUUCACAUUUGGAUAUUUUGCUGCUUUGUGCUAAAAUUGUUGAAAUUAUUUUUUCUCACAUCAAGCAAUACAGAAUACCCUAGAACAGGGGUAGGCAACGUCGGUCCUG